AAAAAAAAAAAAAAAAAAAAGAAGAAAAAGUAUUGCCCUCCCCGGCGGGGAAUCGAACCCCGGUCUCCCGCGUGACAGGCGGGGAUACUCACCACUAUACUACCGAGGACUUGGCUGUAAGAAGUGUAAUUUUUGUAGUAUUUAUUAGAAAUACAAAGCGAUCAAUAAUUAUCCGCUGACAAGAAGACCCGAUUGUUCUGGUCAACAACACACUCGUUCAAGAAGAUCAACAAGCAGUUGUGAACUCAACUUCUUUGUCACAAUUCUCAUAGUGUGUUCUGUUUGUGCCGUCAGUCCUAUGUAAAAGCUUUGUUGUUUUGAUCGAACAGAAAGGAUCACGUACUUAUGCCAAGGUUCAGCUGUACAAAUGCGUGAUAUUUCUUGUGUUCCAAUCAAUCCAACAUGGUCGUGAUCCACUCGUGGUUUUGCAUGAGCUUUGAUCUGUCUUGACUUGAAAUAUCUAGCUCUCGUCAACUGUGACCUCAAUUAUUAAAUGGAUUCAUGUCACACUUGUGUAUUUGUGUUGACACGGCACAUGUAGCCGUCUCUCCCGAAGAAGUUGUGAAUCAAGUUCCAAAUCAGCAGCAAUCUCCUCUUUGUUCAACGAUGUCUGAAGUUUUGAGUAGUCACCAACCAAGAGUAAUGUGUCUUCCAAACCCUGAAGAUUAUUCAUUACUAAGUUUCAUUGGUCAAGGCUUUGGUGGGCUUUCUAAAGUGUUUGUCGCUCGUCAUUGCUCAUCACAAACACUUGUAGUUGUAAAGCAGACAAAUGUGGAUGUUCAGAAUGCUGAACAGUUUGAAAAUUUGAAGUAUGAAGUCCAAGUGUUGCGAUCUCUCUGUCAUCCAAAUAUUCUGCCAUGUUACUGUUCAUUUGUGACCAGACAAGAAGUAUGGAAUAUUCUUCCUCUCAUGCAAUUUGGGUCCUGUGCCGAUAUGCUGAAGUCUAGUUUUCCAGAGGGAAUGAGUGAGAUUCUUAUUGCUGCUAUUCUGUGGGAGAUUCUUCAGGGGCUGGAUUAUCUUCACAAAAUGGGCAUUAUUCACAGGGCAGUAAAAGGAAGUCAUAUAUUGAUUGGUACGGAUGGUGCAGUGUGUCUGUCAGGACUGAGAAAGUCCAUAAUGCUGCCGCAAGAAGGCAGCAAGUCAAGAAUGGCUCAUCAUUUUCCUUCACAUGCAGUCGCUGUUUUACCUUGGAUGGCACCAGAGAUCUUACAACAGGAUCUCCAAGGAUAUGAUGUCAAGUCUGAUAUUUACAGUGUUGGUAUCACUGCUAUACAGCUUGCGCGAGGAACUGUGCCAUACAUUGGAAUGCCUCCAACCAAGGUCUUACUUGAGAAGCUCAAGGGUAGUACUCCCAAGCUGUGUGAUUCGUUAGUGGUGGGUGAUGUGGACACCUCAGCGCAGCUGACCACUGGGGCAGACUCGGGUAUUAGUAGUGGCGUCACAUCCCUGGGAGAGGGAAGAGAAGGAAACCAGGUGACCUCCCAGGGAAAGUAUACCCUUGCUUUUCAACAGGUUGUCGACGCGUGUUUGCAAAGAGAUCCGUCAUUAAGACCAACAACCACAGAGCUGGCUUCUCAUCUGUUCUUCAAACAGGUGAAGCGGAAGACGAAGGAACUGUUGCCUGAACUUCUGUCCACCGUGCCAUCCCUUGCCAACUGUGAGGAAGACAAACGGAUAGGUGAGAGUGCUUGAAAGGAGCAGUCUCCUGGCUGAAUAUCGAAAGUCUUCUCUCCCACUUUCUACGAUGUUUUGCCAAAUGCCACCAAAUAUGCAAAUAGAUUGCAUGGUUCAAAAGAUUCUACAGAGCAAAAUAAAACAAGUGUUUUGGGAAAAAAUAUACUGGAUUACACUGAUGGAAAUGGAUUGCAUUUCAUCAAAUUUGAUUUCGUGAUAGGACUUCAAGACAAAACCUCAAGAAAUCAAAAUUUCCAUUCUGCUGAAAUGUUCCAUCUUUUAGUUAUUAUUUGCUCCUUUUAGCUGUCUUUUUUUUUCUUAUUUUACUUUCACCACUUCUUACGCUGGUUUCUUUAUAUUACGAAGUAAUAAAGCAAGUUUAUAGCAAGUUCCCGGUCAUACAUGUA